GUAAUCAGCCAGCGCCUUUUCCUCUUGCACAAUAUAGGCAAGGUCGUAGCUAGCUAGCAUUGCAAGGAGCCUCUCUCGCUAAAAGGAUGAUGUCCCUUGCCGCUCGUUCGGGGGCAUUUUCCCCAUACUUGCAGGCUACGAAUUAUGCAGUUGCUGGACCCCUCAAAGCCCUUAUUCCAGGGGUGGUUGUAAAAGGAGAGAAAGUGUUGGUAGACGCGAAGAAACCUUUCCUUACCCGCGAGUCCCUGAACGGUCAGAGUCCAAAGACUGGGCCUGCAGUAUCAGUUAGCAUAAAUGCAAAAGCUGCAGUCCGAUUCGCUCACACUGACAUCAAGGUGCCAGAUUUCUCUGAUUACCGUCGGCCUGAGUUGCUUGACCCCAAGAAAUCUUCUCAGGAGAGCAGCGAGUCCAGGAAAACCUUCUCCUACCUUGUCACCGGGGCCACAGCCGUGGUUGGUGUCUACACAGCCAAGACCGUGGCCACACAGUUUAUCUCUUCCAUGAGUGCCUCAGCUGAUGUCCUGGCCAUGUCCAAGAUCGAGGUCAAGCUGGGAGAGAUCCCAGAGGGCAAGAAUAUGACCUUCAAGUGGAGGGGCAAGCCUCUGUUCAUCCGCCACCGGUCUGAGAAAGAGAUUGCCACCGAGGAAGCUGUGGAUAUGGCUGAGCUACGUGACCCCCAGCACGACAAGGACCGCGUCGCCAACCCAAAAUGGAUCAUUGUCAUUGGCGUGUGCACCCACCUGGGCUGUGUACCCAUCGCCAAUGCUGGUGACUAUGGCGGAUACUACUGCCCCUGCCAUGGCUCUCACUACGAUGCCUCUGGCCGCAUCAGGAAAGGCCCAGCCCCACUCAACCUUGAGGUGCCCUACUAUGAGUUCCCAGAUGAGGACACAGUAAUUGUAGGCUAAAUUGUUGGACAGAUCACAGAUCAGUGUUUCUGUCUGGCUCAUUACUCCAUCCAUUAGCAGGCACAACCUCUGUUUCAGGGUGGUAUAAAUUAUUGUAAGUAAUAAAUGUACAUUUUAUCUGAUUGAAAA